AUGCUCGAUGCUUACAAGACAUUGACUAUAAGCGGUUGCGCGUCAACUCCCGAGAUCAAGGCAUUCAAGGAAGUGUGUCAGGAUGCUACGGACAUGGUUCCCGGUGGGCGCAUUGCCUAUCUCCUUGUCGAAAAGCUACAGGGUACCCAAUUGGGACCUUCAUUCUGGAAACUGUCGUGUGGAGAGCAUGAUGCGGUCCGUGUGGCACUCAAGAAUGCUUGGAAUAACUGUGUUGUUGUGGGUGUACGGCCCGAUCCCGUGCUGUCCCAGAUGUCUUGGGACAAUACCUCGAGGGAGUUCUAUUUCUACAAUUUCCUGGAGGCCGGCAAAUCUGGACCUAACGACAAUUGGGCGGAUCUUAGAUGGAUUCCCUGGGGUCUAGUCAUACCGUCUGAUGGAUAUUACUGGUAUAAAGCAAUGGAGGAGCUAUCUAAAAAUUGCACGCCCUUCAACAUGACCGGAUGGUAUUUUUGAAUAUUUGGGGUAGGACAUGGAUCUCUGUGAUAACCGCUACACUACCCAAAGUGAAAAUGAUUACUUAGUGCAGUGCAAUGUGAUGCAGG